UGCGUAUUGGUUAAUUUCUUGUAGUGGGCGUGGCUGUGGCUGAAGGUGAGCUACGUAGCAUGGCUGGCACGGGAUCUGCGUGGAGGCCUCCUCGGGCGUGCGACGAUUACUGGAGCGAAUACAAGCACUGCAAAAGCCUCCUGCAUCGCUUUCACUGUUAUUACACCCUGGGAGAGGCGCCCUCCUGUCAGCAAUGGAAAGCAGACUAUUACACCUGCAGAGACUGGGAGAAGCACCAGACCACUGAAGCUAAGGAAGCAUUGCGUGGAAGUGAGCGUCAGAGGGUUGCACAGCAGCAGAAGCACGCCCCUGUCUGGGAGCUGAGAAAGAAACCACCCGCUGACUGGCACCUGCCUCUCGACUACAGGAACCCAAUGGACUCGUGAGCAGCAACCGGAGGAGCAGGACUGGGGGGGCUCCGGGAAUCUGAUGAGCAAUCUUUUUUUUUUUUUUU